GUUCAUCCCCACAAGACCGUCAUUUACCUCAUGUGUGGAAAAGGAACAAAGCGGGCAAACAAUAAUACAGAUAUUCAAAAUGAUAAACUCGUGACACUCUCUCUUUCCGUUCUUUCGCACCUCCUCUCUCUCGUUCCAUUGUCUCUUCCCUCUCUCACUCACUCCCCCAGUCUUCCCCACACUAUCGCUGUCUCUCUCACACAUGCCACUCCCCAUUCACUCAGAACAUCGCUUCCUCUUCUCGCGCAGCCAUAUACCCUCCCCUCUCUCUUUUUGUUUUCUCUCCCCCAUUCUCUCACAUUUUCCCGCCCACCGGUCCCCUCUCACCAUCCCCUGAAUUCUCCUUCUGUUUAUCUGAGUGGUCUCUCCACAGGUCCGCAUAAACAGGAGCCGAACGACAACAUCGGAAAUGGACCGGACCGUAAGAUGUCGCUACUCAGCAUGGUUACGUCCGUCCUCUUCCUGACCGUGGUCGGGCUGUCGAUCCAUGUAUCACAGAUUCGUCAGUCUAAGGUCACCUGCAACCGAACCGAUAAUGAAUUAAAUUCAACCCUUCAAUCCAUGGUUUCGGCGCUCAAUUCUAAUCUGUCUGUUCUUCAACAAAAACACAGCGAUCUCCGUCACCAGUUCUGUGGAUUGUUGACCAGCAGAAGAGAAUUUUAUCGAGAAAGCUGUCCACGACCAAGGCAGUUCAUACUGGAUUGGAAAAUGCGAAGACGGGGAAGUGGCCUUAAAUGUCGUGUACAAUGUGAACGCUGGGAAGUCCGAAUGCAGUAAAUGUAAAUCCAGUUGCAAAAAUGACCAGUACCGUUUCAUCUGUGAGAAGUCUGCACCUUUCUGCCCGGAUAUUUCUGAAAAGAUCCGAAAUCUCUGUCUACAGCCCGUGGAGCCGACUUGAAUCAAAUGACAAUACCCUCUUUCUCUAUUUCUCUCUCCUAUUCUCACUAACCCAUUCUCUCUUCCCCUCGCCACUACCCUAUUCUCCUCCCUCCUUCUAUAGCCUCUUUCCUCGCCAUGUCGCCUUCUCUUUACCCUCAUUCCAAAAUCUCUCUCUCUCUCAUCCUCCUCCAAUCCUACCUCACCUAUUACAUCCCUAUUUUCCUUCCUCUCACUUUCUUGCCGCCCUCUCCUCCCACUCUUCUCUUCACACUCUCUCCCCCGAUUCACUACUUCCUCUCUUCUCUUCACACUCUCUCCCCCGAUUCACUAUUUCCUCUCUGCCCCUCUCUUCCCAUCUCACUCUUUCAUUUAUCUAAACCCACUGCAACUCCCUUUUCUCUUUCCAGCUACUCUCACUUCAAUCAUGUCACUGAUGUCCUCGAUAUCCCAGCCCUGGGGAAAUAGAGCGCACGCAUUCGCCUUAUCUCUGUCCCUAGUGGUUUUAUACACCUCUGUAAGUUCACCGAAUCAAGCCUAAAAUUUCCCGACCUCGCUUCAUAAUUCCAUCCCUCGUGUCCCGGCAGCAUCCGCGAAAGUCUCCCGCUGCAGUUUUUCCAGCUCAGCGGCAUCUAUCCCACAGCUGGGCGACCAGAACUGAACACCGUGCUCCAAAUCUGUCCUGACCGACGUCCCGUAUAACUGCAACUUGACCUGAGACUCCCGUACUCAGUGUCCUGACUGAUGAAGCCCAGCGUGUCAAAUGUCCUGUCCAGCUUCAUCGCAUGAUUUCUGUCGGAUUCACGGUCUGUUUUAUUAUCUGUGACUUAGACCACCUGGGAUUUGGUCUUUUAAAGUAUCAGCAGGGAGCAAAUUUAUAAAAUUAAUGUAAAAUUCAAAAAGCUAAUAAA